AUGGCAGACCCUCUAUACGAACUCCUGGUUCCUUAUUUCGACAGUCCCUCCCCUCGCCCGCCUCCGAAAUCCACCGAUCCAACUACAACGGCAUACCUCUCACGUCUUACAACUCUCCCUCUCAACUCCCUCACAACGACCGAACCUCAAUCUCUCACACAAACCACGCAUUCCCUCCUGCUCUCCCUCCAAGCGCUUUCCAAACGGUCUCACAAAUCCAUAAUCGAAUCUUCCACCCACCUCUCCACACUAAGCUCCACAUUACCAACCCUCGCUCAAUCCACCGUAUCCCUCAGAGAAGCUCUCCCAAAGCUCGACCAUGCCGCCAUCACCUUCAGCGAAACAUACAAUCUCCGCGCGGAGAACACCAGCGCCCUACUAGACCGACGACGAAAAGCCCUUCUGCUAUCACGAAACGCGGGCCGGCUACUAGACGUACUAGAUCUCCCAACAUUACUCUCAUCCGCAAUAUCAUCCUCCUCCAACAGUGCAGCAGCAUCGGCCAGCACAGCAGCCGGCUCCUCAAACUAUGCCUCCGCGUUAGACCUAAACUCGCACAUCAAGCGUCUCCAUGCACUAUACCCAGAAUCACCGCUCGUCUCAAGCGUGAGCCAGCAAGCCGAAUCAGCCAUACAAGACAUGUGCACGAACCUCAUCGCAAGUCUACGAGGGAACAGCCUGAAGCUAGCAAGUGCAAUGCGUACCAUAAGCUGGUUACGCCGUGUAGCUCCAGAACUCGAUCAUCCCACCUCCACACCCCUCUCCUCCGACUACCGCACAAGUUCCCUAGCCACAGGCGGUGCGAGUAGCAGGGAAGGCGCCCUAGGAGCGCUUUUCCUCGUGUGCCGGCUUUCGAAUCUUGAACAAAUGCUCUCAGCCCUAGAACCCCUCCGUGAACUCGCAGAUCAGGAAACAGCGAAGCUCAAAGGAGGGGCGAAUAUAUCGAAAGGAGAGAGGGAGCGGAGUAAAUGGGAAGGGGGCCAGCAAACUGAACGAUAUCUCAAAAGAUACAUUGAAAUAUUCCGCGAGCAGAGCUUCGCUAUCGUCAGCAUGUACCGUUCUAUUUUCCCGCCUGCUGCGGCGCCGUCUGAGGGAUUAAAGGAUGUUCUACCCUCCUCGAAGAAUGAUGAUCCUCUACUCCCCUUACCGACCGCUUUGUCAACUUUCCCGCAGAAAUUAGUAGGUAUGCUAGAGGGCACUUUGAGGAAGUAUUUGCCAAAUGUUCGGGAUAGAAGCUCCAGGGAUAGUCUACUCACUCAAGUACUUUACUGCGCUGGGAGCUUGGGUAGACUUGGUGGGGAUUUCAGUAUGCUUCUUGCGCUUUUGACGGAGGAGGAGGAAGAGGAGGAGAGCCAGGAAUGGGUUGAUGUUGUUAGGAAACAUCGAGUUUUGGCGGGGCGGUUGGAGUUGAUGGUUGGUGCUAAGGAGGGGUGA